GAUAAUUUCUGCAUAGCAACACGCAGCUUUUGCUACGAAAAGUGAUUGUUGUGGGCCAUGACUGAUAAAAAGUACGACUACUUUUACAAAGUGAUUCUGAUUGGCGACUCUGGAGUGGGCAAGUCGAAUCUCCUUUCUCGAUUUACAUCAAAUAGCUUCAGUAUCGAUUCGAAAUCGACAAUUGCAGUGGAAUUUUUAACGAAGCAAGUCACAAUUGAUGAUAAGCUCGCAGCGGUUCAAAUUUGGGAUACAGCUGGACAAGAAAGAUUUAGAGCUAUAAUUAGCUCCUUUUAUAGAGGAGCACAUGGUGCAUUACUCGUUUAUGAUAUCACAAAACCAUGGACGUUUGAAUCAUGUAAGCAUUGGUUACAAGAUUUACGGGAAAAAUCAGAAAACGUAUCGGUGAUACUCGUUGGAAACAAGUCGGAUUUGAAAGGCCUACGUAGGGUCCCAGAAGAUGCCGCGAAGAAAUUUGCCGAAGAAAAUAAUCUUACCUUUAUCGAAACUUCAGCAAUGGAUUGCUCAAAUGUAAAGGAAGCAUUUAUGCAGCUUCUGGAAGGAAUCCAUCGAGCCGAAAAGGAGAAUAAUUUUGACUUUCAAAAAAAGUUGCUGUCGGUCUGGGUGAAAGACCAAGGACGUUGA